AUGUUAUUUAAUUGUUAUUUUGUAACAAUUGUUUUACAAUUAACUAUUUUUUACAUUUUUAUUUUAAUGAAAAGUGCCUAUGAAUUAGAUACUAAAAAGUCAGAAUUACUUGCUCAUUUAUUUAUAUCACGUAAUUUAACCCUCAAAUUUGAAUUAUUACAAAAGAAUGGAACUGAAGCUAAUUUAUUUUCAAUCAGUGAAAGGGACAGUAACAAAUCUUUCCGAAUUUCUACAUCAACUAUAAAGAAAACAGUUAAAUUUUAA